AUGCUUGUGUUAAGCUCCAUUUUUAUUCUGCUUGUUCUAUGCAUUCUGAUUGUCCAGCUGUUGAGGCUCCAGUUCCAAAGAAGACUCUAUCCACCAGGACCAACGCCCUUGCCUUUCAUAGGAUGCUUAUGGCAGCUCAAAUUCCUUCGAAUAAACCGUGAACUCUUGACUGAGAUGGCAAAGAUCUAUGGGAACAUCUUUACUUUGUGGUUUGGGUCCUAUCCUGUGGUUAUGUUAAAUGGUUUCCAAGCUGUGAAGGAUGGUCUCACCAGCCACCCGGAAGAUGUUGCUGGCCGGCCUAUCCCCCCAUUUUUUAAAGCACUAGCAAAUAAUACAGGGAUUUUACUGGCCACCGGUCCUACCUGGAAACAUCAAAGGAGAUUUUCCAUGAUGGCUCUGAAGACCCUCGGCUUGGGGAAGAGCAUUCUGGAGUAUCAGAUCCAAGAAGAGGCAGAAUAUUUGGUGGAGGAGUUUAGGAAAAGUGAAGGAAAACCGAUGAAUCCUUCUUUUGCCCUUAGCCUUGGGGUUUCAAAUGUGAUUUGCGCGGUUGUCUUUGGACAUCGCUUCUCCACAGAGGACGAAACUUUUCUUCACCUGCUGGAAGCAAUAAAAAACAUUUUCCAAGUCGGUGGCACUCUCGCGAAUCACCUAUAUGAUAUUUUCCCUUGGAUUAUGCAGUACCUCCCAGGACCACACAAGAGGGCUUUAUUCUCACGUGACUUUGUGUGGGCGUUCAUAAGAACUGAGAUCAGGAAGCACCUAGAAGCAGGCGAUCAAGAAAAAGGCCAAGACUUCAUUCAUUUUUACCUUGCUGAAAUAGAGAAAACAAAAAACCAACCUGAACCACCCUAUGAUGAAAAGAACAUGGUUCAGAGCAUCUUUGAUCUCUUCCUGGGUGGAACAGAGACGUCAAGCGUCACUCUCUACUGGGCGUUGUUAUAUAUGGUGCUUUACCCAGACAUUCAAGACAAAGUUCAAAAGGAAAUGGAUACAGUUCUAACCCCAGGGCAGUCACUCUGUUAUGAGGAUCGCAAGAAGCUUCCGUACACAAAUGCUGUGGUGCACGAAAUCCAGCGCUUUAGCAAUGUCAUUGCAGUUGGGAUGCCCAGAUACUGCAUAAGGGACACAAUGAUCCAGCAGUUUCUCAUUAGAAAGGGCUCCACCAUUUACCCAAACAUGGCUUCUGCCUUGUAUGAUCCCAAUGAAUGGGAGACGCCUCUCUGGUUCAACCCAAAUCAUUUCCUUGACAAGGAUGGGAAUUUCACCUGCCGAGAAGCUUUCAUCCCAUUUUCUCUAGGUCAUCGAGCAUGCUUGGGAGACAAUUUGGCAAAGACAGAGGUCUUCCUUUUCUUUGGCAACCUUCUGCAAACGUUCAAAUUCCAGUUGGCCGAUGGAUCAAAAGACGUAACGCUUGAGCCUGUUUGGGGAGGCACUCUGCAGCCUCACUACUUUGAGAUCUGUGCGAUUCCUCGAUAG